UUAUAAUUUAAGGUUAACCAAAGUAUAAUAAACACUGGGUUUUAAAAUGAAUUAGUAACGUUUUCCAUUUAAAUGAAAUUAUGGAUGAUUACGAAGAAGAAAAGUUCAAUUUCUUUGGGAAACCAUUAGAGCAAUACGACGAAGAUGAGAUUCCCAAGAAGAAACCGAUUUUUGUGGAGGAUCAAAUCGCCACGGAUAGCAAUGGUAGGCGUAGGUUUCAUGGAGCGUUCACUGGAGGAUUCUCUGCUGGAUUCUUCAACACCGUUGGCUCUGCUGGAGGAUGGCAACCAACCGAAUUCAAGAGUUCCCGAUCGGAGAAAUCCGUGAGCACAAUACGAACAGCCGAGGAUUACAUGGAUGAAGAGGAUAUCGGGGAGUUCGGUAUAGCCCCGCAAGUCAUCAAAGCCACGAAAGACUUUAAUACAAGCAAAAAACGUAAGAAGAAAGUUUUUUCUGAUGGACCUAUACCUGGUGUUCCUGUGCUGCAUAUGCUCAUUGACAACAGCACUGAAACCAUUGGUUAUUUGUUGUUGAGGAAUAUUGGUUUUAAGCAUGAAGGUACAGAGAUUUCCAAGCAGCAGAGGGUGUAUGGUUCUACAUCUGCAAAGGCUUAUGAGAUGAGGCCAUCCAUCAGGAAUUCAACAUACAAAUUACCAGAGAUAUAUGAGGAAGCUCUGAAGAUUCAUAAGAACAAUACAUUUGGUAUUGGAUAUAAAGGUUUGGAUCGCGGUUACGCCAGUUUAAAGCUUUCGCAGAAAAACUUUGUUGUGAAAAAUGUUAAAAACAAGAAUAUGACCAUCGGUGGACAGGCGUUCGGAGUUGGAGCGUUCGAAGAUGAAGAUGACGAUAUUUACGGGAGAGAAGAUAUAGAGUCUUAUGAUUUUGAAAUGCACACCGAGAAGCAGCAGGAACAGAUCAGAGUUACUGGAAGGGUGCUGUUCGAUUCGUUUAUCUUAAGCUCUAACUAUUUGGCGGUGAACGAGAUAUUUCCUGUCCCAACGAUUCCUCGCAGCUUCUCCGGAAAGCAUAAAGUGAGGAAGUCCAGAUUUGCUCCUAUCCAGGAUGAGAGUAGUAAAGAAGAACCUAAAAAGACGCGUAGAUGCGAUAUUGAUGCCACUACUAGAGCCGAAGCAUUGGGAGAAAAGGCACCAGAGAAUAGCGGCACUUCAUCCAAGUCCGAGGAUAUUAAACCAGAGAUAAAGGAGAAGAAGGAAGAUGUAGCACCAUGGCUGGUAUUCGAUAAAUUCGUCUCGGCCGGGCAAUCUGACGAGCAUACGGAUCCUAUGGUACCCGCGGAGAAAUCUUCCUCCGUUUAUGGUACUGAGCAUCAAAGGGAAGCAGCGAAGCUGAAGAUGUUUGGUGACUUCACUAGAACUACCGAAGAUUGGUUGCCGCAUACGUUUCUCUGUAAAAGGUUUAACGUUCCAGAACCUGCCCAUUGGGAAAACGUAGAGUUAAAAACACCAGUGCGCAAGAGAAACCUGAUAUUCCAAAAUGAAAAGGAAGUGGAUGAAACGGGACGUGUGCAAAGUUCCGGUCUGCAAAAUAAUCCCGACUUCAAAGUCCCACAUGAAAAUCAAUCAUUAAAAACAAUCGAUUCCAAGGAACAAUCCACGAAAAAUGAUGAAUCUAAAGAGGGCGACAUCGGUGAUUCUACUCCACUAAUGGAAGUAGAAAUUCCUACUAUCGAUAUAACCGAAAAAAUUGACGUCUCAAAGAACAAGGACUUAUUCAAAGCAAUAUUCUUUAGCGAUGACGAAGAUGAGGAUACCGUAGAGACGAAGGUAGAAUCAGAGUCCAGGGUAAGUGAACAGGAGAAGCUACCAUCACCACCUCCAACGUCCGACAGUAAAAUGGAAGAGAUGAAAGAGGCGAUUUUAGCGAAGGACAUAUUUCUGCCAAAAAUCAAACCGUUGAAGCAAGGAAUUCUAUCGGAUAUACCAUUCAUCAAGUUUACAAAACCUGGAACGGUGCCCACCCAGCCAGAACCUGAGGUGAUCGAGGAAGUUCCGCAACAACAGCCGGACGAUAAUCUGUACGGGCCUAAAUUACCGGAGAAGAUUGUAAACAGAGUGGAGAAUCUGAUGGAAUCGAAGAGCGAUGAUGUGUGGGUGGAGAGGAAAGAGGAGAAAACGAAGAAGGAAAAGCAUAAGAAACACAAGAAGGAGAAACAUAAAAAGAAGCACAAGCACAAACGAUAAGGGAUUCGUUGUUGUCUUUAUUAAUUUAAUGUAUAAUAAAAUAAAAUUGCCCUAAA